AUGGCUUCACUCUUGGUGUUUCCAAUGAGUAACUUGGACUUCUGCUCUUCAAAUGUAGCUCCUGUCAUAGAAUACCAGAAAGAAAUUAAAGCUGAAUCUGGAUUAAAAUGUAACCUAGCUUUCAUCACUCUUUAUACUAACUGGACUAUUGAUUUUGAAAAAAAAAUCAAUCCCAACAUUUUAAAUACUGAACAAGCUUUUCAUAAACUGGAAUUAUCUCAGCUCCACACUCCCAUGUACUUCUUCCUCAGCCACCUCUCCUUUGUAGAUCUCUGUUAUGCCACCAAUGUUACUCCUCAGAUGUUGGUUAACUUUUUAUCAAAGAGGAAAAACAUUUCUUUCAUUGGCUGCUUCAUACAGUUCCACUUUUUUAUUGCUUUGGUGAUCACAGAUUAUUAUAUGCUCACAGUGAUGGCUUACGACCGCUACAUGGCCAUCUGCAAACCUUUGCUAUACACUAGCAAAAUGUCCAGAGGUGUCUGUCUCUCUCUUGUAACUGCCACAUACAUUUAUGGCUUUGCAAAUGGUCUGGCACAGACAAUCCUAAUGCUUCGUUUAACUUUCUGUGGACCCAACGAGAUCAAUCACUUCUACUGUGCAGACCCCCCUCUCAUGGUCCUUGCUUGCUCAGACACCUAUGUAAAAGAAACUGCCAUAUUUGUGGUGGCUGGAUCCAACCUCACCUGUUCUCUCACCAUCAUCCUCAUCUCUUACAUUUUCAUCUUCACAGCCAUCCUGCAAAUCCGUUCUGCAGAGGGGAGACGCAAGGCCUUCUCUACUUGUGGGUCUCAUUUGGUAGCUGUCACUGUUUUUUAUGGGACUUUGUUUUGUAUGUACCUCAGGCCUCCAUCUGAGAAGUCUGUAGAGCAAGGGAAAAUUGUAGCUGUCUUUUAUAUCUUUGUAAGUCCAAUGUUAAACCCUUUGAUCUAUAGCCUGAGAAACAAAGAUGUGAAAAAAGCAAUCAGGAAAGUUGUCCAUAAGGAAGUGUUCAUGAAGUAA